CACUCUCGUGCAGAUUUUGCGAUUGCCUUCUGCCUGCACACCGCAACCACCCUCUCUUGAUAUACUGCCACCGGACAGCAUCACUUCCACAAGCAAAUGGCGCCGGUGAAGGUGUUCGGGCCGGCCGCGUCGACGAACGUGGCGAGGGUGCUCGUCUGCCUGGAGGAGGUGGGCGCCGAGUACGAGCUUGUCGACAUCGACUUCCCCGGCAAGGGGCAUAAGCGCCCUGAGCACCUCGCCAGGAAUCCGUUUGGGCAGGUCCCAGCUUUUCAAGAUGGCGAUCUCAUCCUCUUCGAGUCACGCGCCAUUGCUAAAUACGUGCUUCGCAAAUACAAGUCGGAGCAAGUGGACUUGUUGAGGGAGAGCAAUCUGGAGGAAGCUGCCAUGGUAGACAUAUGGACAGAGGUCGAAAUACAUCAAUACCACCCGGCCCUCUCACCGAUCGUGCUGGAGUGCUUCAUAUACCCGACCUUACGCGGUCUUCCCACGAAUCAAAGGAUUGUGGACGAAAGCUUGGUGAAGGCGAAGAAGGUUCUAGAAAUCUAUGAAGCCCACCUGUCCAAACACAAGUAUUUAGCCGGUGAUUUCGUCAGCUUUGCAGAUCUGAACCAUUUCGCGUGUACUUUCUACCUCAUGGAUGCGACGCCUUAUGCGUCUCUGUUCAACUCCUACCCUCACGUGAAAGCGUGGUGGGAGGAUCUGAUGUCCAGGCCGUCCAUGAAGAAGCUCGGUGCAGGUAUGACCACGAGGGUUUAGCUACAAGCAAUUGCACGAAUCAUAUGCUGCUUCUGGUUUGAAUUUCUUCUCCUCCGCAUUGUGGCAACAUCGAAUGAUUUGAAGGUUCACUUGUGUAAUCCCACGCGCACCUCGGCUCUCACUCAAUCUUCACAAGCUAUACUUUGUAGUAUGACUCAGUUUGCGCUCCAGUUUGUUUCUUAGUGUUCAAAUCCAUGCUAUGAAAUUCAGUAAAAAAAAAUGAUGCGUGUGUCGAA